CACUGUGCGGCGGUGACGUGCGGCGUCUGGGAGCUGUCCCAGGAAUAAUGGUGCUGAAGCUGCAGCACCCAUCCAGCAGCCAAUGAUCACAGGAGGAUCCGGGGGCUCUUGUGCGGACGCUUUUCACCCGGAGCAGGACGGUCCGAAAGCCCGGGUGGAUUUUUUCACCCCUCUAUACCGGAUGGAUUUAAACCCCCCUCUGGUUCAGUCCUCGGAUCUGCGGAGAGAUUUGAUGAUUUGGGAAUGUAAAUGCUUCCCGGUGAGACGUGCAGCUGAGACCUGCAGUCUGGAUGAAAAUCUGUGAGGGAAACAGAGAAAUUGCGGAUCGUGUUGCUUGAAAUUGGUGUAUAUUUCCUCAGAUGUUUCAUUCUCAUGGACCUAAUGGCUUCAGACACUUGUUUGCAUCGAUGGGAUUUAUUUCCAUUUUCUGUUUACAUCUUCGCGGGAAGACAAUAAAACCUUUGGAAUAGUGAUCCGAUUCAGAAUAACAUAAACUAAAAGAGCUCAUUUAAACCCCGACAACCCGCGUUUCAUCCAACCACGCAUGCAGCGGUGUUUGCUUAUGCCGGGGACACAAACGGCACUCGUCUUCCAGCACCUCGGCUCGGUGCUGUGAUCUUCUGGCCGGACACAGCCCGAUGCAGCGCAGCCGGGGCAUGCUGAAGAGCCGCUGCUGCGUCCUGCUUGGUGACCUGAGGGUGCUCCUUCUCGGGCCACGGGCACCGCCGACACCGCUGCCUCCGCUGACCCCCAUGAGCGGCCAAGCUUCGGAAAGCCAUGAGGCGAGCGUCACCGUCACCGUCCCCGACAACAACAACACCCUAACGCGGAGCCACCAGCAGCAGCAGCAGCAGCAGCAGAACGGAAGCGACCGGACUGUGCCGUCUGCGGCCGGAGCCGCCGGGGCCCCGGGCGGAGAGCGGCCGGUUGGGGGCUGGGUGGACGCCGCCGAGCUGUCCGCGGCUCUUCGCGGCUGUAGCAGCUCUUCUGAUGACUGCUCAAAGGGGAAGCUGGAGGAGAGGUUCUCUCUUACCAGCUACACGGAGAGUGGCUUCAGGACGCCUGUCUGCAGGAUCUGCUUCCAGGGACCAGAGCAUGGAGAGCUCCUGAGCCCGUGUCGCUGCAGUGGGUCGGUCCGCUGCACCCACCAGCCAUGCCUCAUCAAAUGGAUCAGCGAGAGAGGCUCCUGGGCCUGCGAGCUCUGUUACUACAAAUAUCAGGUCAUUGCCAUCAGCACCAAGAACCCAUUACAGUGGCAGGCCAUCUCCCUGACUGUGAUAGAGAAAGUGCAGAUAGCAGCAGCCAUAUUGGGUUCCUUAUUCUUGAUGGCGAGCAUCUCCUGGCUGGUCUGGUCCUCUUUCAGCCCGUCGGCUCGCUGGCAGCGCCAAGACCUGCUUUUCCAGAUAUGCUACGGCAUGUACGGCUUCAUGGACGUCGUCUGCAUCGCGUUAAUUGUCCACGAGGGACCCUCUGUGUUUCGCAUCUUCCACCGCUGGCAGGCCGUCAACCAGCAGUGGAAAGUUCUGAACUAUGACAAAUCGCUGGACAGCGACGACCUGAAGGAAGCAGUGGUGGACAGGACUCUGUCUCAGCCCGGUCAGGGCUACCAGAUCGGGAUAGGAGUGUCCGCCUCCAACUCCUCCCUGAUGGUGGUGGCCUCCACAGCCAACGGCUCCACUUCCACGGCCGUGGUGACGGCCGCGGGGGAACUGGGAGCGCACGUAGACCCCGAAAGCGGCACAACGGUGCCAGACCAACACUGUCCCUACAACAUCCUCCACCUACUCAGCCACCUGAGGCAGCCAGAGGCCCGCAGCCAACCCAGCAAUAGCACAAGAGAGCUGGUCAUGAGAGUCACCACAGUCUGAGCAGUCAGUUGAGGCCUUAUUCCAAACAGAGCUGAAAGAUUUCUGAACCAGCUGACGGUCAAAAAAAAAAAAAAAAGCAACAAAAAAAAAAAAUCCAACAAAAACAAAACAAGUGCUGUCUUAACCGCACUGGAUUGAUAACAUGUUCUUGUUUAUUUUGAAUUGCAUCUUUAAUGUCCUGACAUUGAUUGAAUAAAAGUCAAAGUGGUUUGAUUUGCAAA